UCGCUUCUGUACCGUAGAGCUUGCGCAUAGCUCGUUCAACACCUUAUCGAUACAUCUUCCGCGUCUACUGUUUAUCACACCAUAUAGAGAUGACAUUCUGCAACGGGAUUCUACUUUUAUGUUAUUUAAAAGUGUGCACUAAUUAAUAGAAUGCGUGAAUAGCGCAAUCGGCGACGACAGUCGCACUGAUAGACAGAUCGGCACCGUCCAAUAGACCCGACCCAUGUCCCUCAGUCCGGUAUUGGUGUCCAAGGAGAUAACGUGAUGUGACAAAGAUACGUAUUAAAGUGGCAGUGGAAUAGUUUUGUGAAAGUGUGCAGCGAGCGUGAGUGAGCAGACGGUUGCCGGCGCGGCUGCCGCGGGCGCCCCGUCACAAUGUUGAAUUGCACAGAUCUUGAAUGCAUUCUGCAUCACCAUCAUUACUAUGCACAUCUACACCACAUCCAUCACCUGCAAAAUGCGCAGGACUCAGCCAUGUCGGCCGAUGGGUCGACGACAGAUAUUCAUGGCCUACUCAACGAUACUGAAUCGGAUCUCACCGGCCUUUCGCAUGUUGAUGCCCCGAAUGAUGCGAAUUACAUGAUCGGUGGUGUGGUUAUAGCCAUGGCCCUCGUUGGCCUUAUCAUAGUGCUGCUGGCUUUAACUAUCAACAAGCUGCGCAAGCGCGAGGAGCACUCGGCUUCGGUACACCCAGCUGAAGCUGUGCUGCAGGCCGCUCCGCAGCCACCAUCCGAGCCUCUUGCCUUCCGUCAGCAGCCACUGUGGCAGUUUCCACCACCGCUGCCUCCGCCUUACGUCUAUCCUCAUGAUCAGGACAACUUAAUGCAGCCAAUUGGUAACGAGCGAGCUAGUUUUCGCAGUUUACGCAAGAAUAUUGGUGGUCGAUGGAAACGACUCGUCAAAAAGAAGCCUGAACAGGAAGUUUACACGAUUCCACCCGAGCUCAAGCCCCAAUUGAAGCAAAUAUACGUGUAUUGAAAAUAUCCUAACAGAGAUCGUAACGGCAUAGAAGCAGGAACCUUCAAUGCGUUAUAUCGGAGUUCUCUCACGAACUCAAUCUACGUAAUUUAUGAAUUCAUAUCGUUGAAACAUAUAAUCAUAUCUGAAAAUAUUAUAUUUAAACAAGGGUUGACAUUUCGGACCCACUUUUAUCUUUGAACAUAUCCUUAACGAUCGCUACUAUUACUUCUAUGACCAAUAUUUAAUUUCUUUCAUUCAAUACUUCAAUGUGAUUUUAUGCCUAGAUGUAUUAAUAAGUAUUAGAGCACUGAAGUUUUGAGUGUUCUUCCGAAAUAUUUGAAUGUUGAAUCAAGUGUGAUAGUCAAAUGAAUUAGUUUAUUUUAAUUUAAAGUUACGAAUGAAAUUAGGAAAAUGCGGUCGCGCAUAAUAGUGACGAAAAUCCAAUAAUAAUGUUAGGGGAAGUUGUUGCCUUGCAUGUAAUUGUAACUAAUUAGGGCAUUUCGUAGUUCAUUAACUUAUUGUAGACGCGAUCGAAUAAGUUGUAUAUCGAUCAAAUAGUAUCACGAAGCUAUACAUACACGUAAGCUAACCUGUGAAUGUGAAUGAGAAUUGAGUGCAGUAUUUUAUAUCAAGCAUUUGUUUGUGAGUGAGACUGAAAUAUUGUUCAAAUUUAUAUGUAACGUAACACAUGUUCAUGUAUCCGAUCAUUUUAAAUUACAUUAUGUUCAUUGAGAAUUAUGAAUGACCUAGUUGUAAUGUUACGUUAUUAGCAUGCUUUGAAUAGUGUAAUUUUUUUUCUGGUUUUCGCCCGGUCUCCUACUGUGAUAUAAAGUAUCGAUGAAUAAAUAAAAAAAAAUGUAUUUUUGAAUGUUGAGUUUUAAAUUCGCCUUGACCUUGUCAAUUAUCAGUAGGACGGGCCGCCGGUCGAGAAUUGUGAUAGCUCAUAUUGAGCCUGAUAUUCUGAUGAAUUAAGUUUGUAGCUAAUAGGUACAACAAACUCAGCCAUAUAUAUUUUUUCGUUAAAUUCUAUCUGUUGCAAAGGAUACAAUGUUAUAAUUAUAAAGACGUAUCUUAACUGUGUGCGGUUACUUUUGUCUAGAAACUGUAAUGUAUCAUUGACAUAGUGAAAAAUAAAUUCCAUCGUGAUAAUGGUUAUGAAAA